AUGAUUUCAUCAAGCAAUUCAUUGAAACUGCAGAAAUAUAAUGAUAUGAAUAUUACAGAAGCCAUUUCAUAUUUUUGGCUUCCAUCGCAACAUGAUUCAGCCAUGGAUAAUGUAUUCGAGCAAUUUAUAAAUUCAAGCACAGCAAAGUCGUUGAAUUAUUCGUCGAUACAUCGUAUUGUUAUACGGUUUUUUAGUCUAUAUGCACUUGCACUUGUUAUUAUUGGUACAUUAGGUAAUCUAAUUACAAUAAUUAUUCUAUGUCGACCAAGUUUAAGACGUUAUGUUACAAUGAGAUAUUUAGUUGCUGUUAGUGUAUGCGACAUUAUAUCACUAUAUGGUUGGAAUCUGAAUAAUUUUUAUAAAUUUUCCAUUAGUUCUAGAAGAACUAAUUUAGAAGAGAUAUCUUUAGUACAUUGUCGAGUUGUAUCAUAUUUAACGUUUGUUGGUUUACAAUUGUCAAGUUGGCAUUUAGCAGCUGUUAGCCUAGAUCGUUGUUGUAGUCUUUAUUUUUUAACAUGGAAACAAACAUACGGUAAAUUAUCUCGUACUAAAUAUCAUAUUGGUAUAUUAGCAAUAGUUUGUCUCCUAUUAAAUUCUCAUAUAUUAUUUUUAAACGGUUAUCGUGAUGGUCCACCCCAUUAUAAAGUCGAAUGCUAUAAACGACGAACAAAUCCAUUCUAUAUAUUCCCACAAUGGGAACGCAUUCAUUUGAUUCUAUAUAAUUUAUGCCCAUUUAGCAUUAUGCUUUUAUGCAAUAUUUAUAUAAUCUUUGUCACUGUUCGUUCGGCUCGUAUUCGCACAUCAAUUCCGGCGCCAUCAUCGAGGAAAUGUUCACGUCCAAGUAUAGCACGUCACCGGCAAUUAUCAUUAAUGUUAAUUCUCAUCACAUUUGUAUUUGUACUCUUAACGUUGCCAUCAUGUAUUUAUUUUGUAUUUUUUCGUCAUCGAAUGUCUCCGAAAAAAUAUUCUCGCAAUCAUCGCCAUAUGAUACAAAUAUGUUUAAGUAGCAUACAAUUUACUUCACAUGCAAUAAACUUUUUCCUAUAUUGCUUUUCGGGAACUAAUUUUCGCACUGAAUUACAUGAUUUUACAAGUGAAUUGUGUCUUAGUCGAUUAAGUGCAUUGAAAUUCAAGAAAACAACUACAGCAACAUGCAGAAUUAAUCGAAAUAAACAGAACUAUGAAUCUAAUAUGACAUUUGAUUAUCAAAAAACAGAAUUUUCAAAUUCAUUAAAAGAAAUGAAAGUAAAAUUCAAGCAGCAAAAAAUAAAAGACAAUCCUGACGGUAAUGAGCGUAUCACUCUGAGCAAUGCAGUCUAA